AUGCCAUUUCACUCCAUCAAAUCAAUCCAUCAGCUCGAAAAACCUCGAACUGAAGAGUGAUUUUGUUACUGAUAUCACAAAACAAGUAUCCUAACAGUAGCAAGAAAAGCUAAAAGAAGCAGAAAAACGAAAAUGGCGAGAAAAACUAGUGAUGUUACACGCAGAGCAUGGAACCUGCUGCGCAUAGCAUUGUUAUGGGCAAGAAAAGGCGGUAUUUUCAAGAGACGUUUAAUGGUGGAACUACGUCUUUUACCAAAGUUUCUUAAAAGCUUCGGCCACAAUAGUAAUGCAACCCCUCUCCAUUACGGAGAGCGCCAGCUCUCCUUUGAUAAGACUCCCAUUUUUCAUGUGAAGAUGCACCGCCCAGCUUCCAUGCGUUUCAACCUUCCUUGCAUUACACCACAAGUUGACUUUGAUUAUGAUUUUGAUCAAGUCAGCGAAUAUCAAGCAGGAAGGAUGAGUUUCUUGAAAGGUGGAGAAGAAGAGGAGGAUUGUGGAUAUGAUCAAGGUUUUGAGGAGAGAGUUACAGAAGACGACGAAAAAGGGAUUGAUUUGAGAGCUGAGGAAUUUAUAGCUAAGUUUUAUGAGCAAAUAAGGCUUCAAAGACAAGUAUCUUCUUUGCAAUACCAUGAGAUGCUAAGUAGAGGCACAAGUUGAUCAUCUCUUGUUCUGGAGAUGAUUUUUUUUGCUUCCUUGUUUUUGGUUUCCAGUUUUGAUACUCAACUUUUUGCAGAUUCAUUAUCUGUUUUCUUUUUUUCUUUUUUUUUCCACCCUUUGUAAAAUAAGUAUUUUGCCGCAUUUUGUAAACACCAGAAAGCUUCCAUUGAGUUUGAAAUA